AUGUUCGUCAAAUCCGAGACUCUAGAGUUGAAGGAGGAAGAGGAGGUGCUGAUGCUGCUGGGCUCCGCUUCCCCGGCCUCAGCCACUCUGACUCCGAUGUCCUCCAGCGCGGACGAAGAGGAGGACGAGGAGCUGCGGCCGCCUGGCGCCGUGCUUGGGCAGCGUGGGGCGGAAGCCGGGCAGGGGGCGCAGGGCAGUUCGGCGUCGGGUGCUGGGGGUUGCCGGCCAGCGCGGCUGCUUGGCCUGGUGCACGAGUGCAAGCGUCGCCCGUCCCGCGCACGGGCCGUCUCCCGGGGAGCCAAGACGGCGGAGACAGUUCAGCGCAUCAAGAAGACCCGCAGGCUGAAGGCCAACAACCGCGAGCGCAACCGCAUGCACAACCUGAACGCGGCGCUGGACGCGCUGCGAGAGGUGCUGCCCACUUUCCCCGAGGACGCCAAGCUCACCAAGAUCGAGACGCUCCGCUUCGCCCACAACUACAUCUGGGCGCUCACCGAGACCCUGCGCCUGGCGGACCACUGCGCGGGCGGCGGCGGCCUCCAGGGGGCGCUCUUCUCCGAGGCGGUGCUGUUGAGCCCCGGAGCCGCGCUCAGCGCCAGCGGAGACAGCCCUUCGCCCCCCUCCUCCUCCUGGAGCUGCACCAACAGCCCUGCGUCGUCCUCCGCCUCCUCCAACUCCACGUCCCCGUACAGCUGCACUUUGUCGCCCGCUAGCCCCGGGUCAGACGUGGACUACUGGCAGCCACCACCUCCGGAUAAGCACCGUUACGCACCUCACCUACCCGUCGCCAGGGACUGUAUCUAG